CUUUUUGAUCAUUCUUGGGAUUUUGUAUGAUGAACAAUAUCAGCCAUCUUGAAUCAGAUUACUCUGAGUAUGUUGAAGUUGAUCCUACUGGAAGAUAUGGAAGGUACAAUGAAGUUCUGGGUAAAGGAUCAUCAAAGACUGUUUACAGAGGAUUUGAUGAGUAUCAAGGUAUAGAAGUAGCAUGGAACCAAGUAAAGCUCUACGAUUUCUUGCAGAGUCCUCAAGAACUGGAGAGGCUCUACUGUGAGAUUCAUCUCCUCAAGACUCUAAAACACAAAAGCAUCAUGAAGUUCUACGCUUCUUGGGUCGAUACCGAUAAUCGAAACAUCAACUUUGUCACUGAAAUGUUCACUUCUGGCACCUUGAGACAGUAUAGGCUAAAACAUAAGAGAGUGAACAUAAGAGCAGUGAAGAAUUGGUGUAGACAAAUUUUAAGAGGAUUAAACUAUCUUCAUACACACGACCCUCCUGUGAUUCAUAGAGAUCUCAAAUGUGACAAUAUUUUUAUUAAUGGGAACCAAGGAGAAGUCAAGAUUGGUGAUCUUGGUCUUGCCGCUUGUUUACAACACUCUCACGCUGCUCACUGUGUCGGGACACCAGAGUUCAUGGCUCCAGAAGUUUAUAAAGAAGAAUAUAACCAAUUAGUCGAUAUUUACUCGUUCGGGAUGUGUGUUUUGGAGAUGGUAACAUUUGAUUACCCGUAUAGCGAGUGUUCUCACCCUGCUCAAAUUUACAAGAGAGUUAUAUCGGGCAAGAAACCAGAUGGAUUAGACAAAGUGAAAGAUCCAGAGGUUAGAGGCUUUAUAGAGAAGUGUUUGGCCACAGUGUCCCUUAGGCUCUCUGCUUGUGAACUACUAGACGACCAUUUUCUUUGUAUCGAUGAAGGUGAAUCGGAUAUGAGACGCGUAGAGAGCCAAAGGGGUCUCAUAGAUGAAGCAGGGACUCUUCUUAGACAUUCUUAUCAUAUAGCUGACUCUUUCUACAAUGACCGAACCAACAUCAACUCAUUUGAUCAUCCUCACUACUUAAACGGUUACUACAACGGAGAUGAGACAGUGGAGUCACACGGAAUCGAUCUCUUGGAGUUUCAAAACGAUGAUGAUGAUGAUGAAGAAGAAGAAGAAGAAGACGAUAAGAGCUUUGGUAAUGUAGAUAUAAGCAUUAAAGGGGACAGAAGAGAAAAUGGUGAUGGACUAUUUCUGCGACUAAGAAUCGUCGACAAGGAAGGGCGUGUGAGAAACAUAUAUUUCCCGUUUGACAUCGAGACUGACACAGCAAUUAGCGUCGCUAGAGAGAUGGUGGAAGAGCUGGAGAUGGAUGACCGCGAUGUCACAAAGAUAGCCAAUAUGAUCGAUGGAGAGAUUGCUUCUUUGGUUCCCAAUUGGAGCAUCUUCUGCAGCUCCGCAUCGAACCAUUCCUCGGUGGGUUCAAUCAUGGAUUACAAUGAGAUUCAGUGUGGACAAAACGGGUGCGAAGAGAAGCAUGGACGAUUUGAGGAGGUCACGUUUGAGAUAACAGUAAACCACUCUGACGAAGAAGAAGAGUUUUCUUGUGAGGCAAGUGACGUGAUACACUAACUAUAUGGUUCCAGAGUCUUUCUCUUUUGACACAUUCCAUAGACUGUGAUGAUUUAUCAGAUGAAACUGAGGAAGAUUUAAGGAUCAGCAGUUGAAAACACUAGUGGAAGAAGAAGUCGAACAAGAGGAAUUAUCUUACAAGUUUCACUUCCUCUAUAUUGAUGCAUUUGAUUCUUUCUCUUCAUAUGUAUAGAAAACAUUUACACAUAUCAACUCUAUUAAACACAUCACAUAAAA